AUUUCAAAGUGGUCAGCCCUGCUCAACCCCUCAUGGUGUCUGUGGGUGAAGAUGCCCUGUUGCCCUGCCACCUCAGCCCCAGGAUGAAUGCCGAGGACAUGGAGGUGAGGUGGUUCCGGUCCAGCUUCCCUGAAGUGAUCCAUUUGUAUCAGGAUGGGAAAGACCAGCCCGAGCAGCAGAUCCUGGAAUACCAGGGGAGGACAGAGCUGCUGAGAGACAACCUCACUGAGGGAAGCGUUGUCCUGCGAAUACACAGCAUUAGGCCUGCUGACGAAGGACAAUACAGCUGCUUCUUCCAGUCUAGCACCUUCUAUGGAGCAGCCUUGUUGGAACUGAAGGUGGCAGGUUUGGGCUCUGGGCCCCACAUCUCUGUUGCUGACUACGAGGCCGGUGGGAUCCGGGUGGUGUGUACGUCGGGUGGGUGGUACCCAGAGCCUGAAAUGCUGUGGAGAGAUUCUAGUGGGCAGCUUGUACCAUCACUGUCCCAAACGAAAUCCCAACAGGAAAAUGGCCUGUUUGAAGCUCAGAUUUCUGUUGUUAUAAAAGAAAGGACACAUCCUGGUUUGAAUUGUUACAUAAGGAAUCCCCGCCUCAACCAAGAAAAAGAGUCAACAAUUUACAUAGCAGACCCGUUUUUCCUAAGGACUUCGCUCUGGAUGGUGGCUCUGGCUGUGGUCCUGAGUGUCCUGGGUUUUCUCAUUUCCCCAGCCAUUUACUAUUUUUGGAUGCAGCACAGAGAGAAAGGGAAACUCUUGGCUGAACUUCGGUGGAGAAGAGCCCAAAUAUAUGCAGUGAACGUGACUCUGGAUCCAGCCACAGCUCAGUCCAACCUCGUCCUGUCUGAGGAUCGGAAAAGUGUGAGACAUGGAGAUACACAGCAGGAUCUUCCCGACAACCCUGGGAGAUUUGAACCUUAUGUCAUUGUUCUGGGCGCUGAAAAGUUCACAGACGGGAGGCAUUACUGGGAGGUGGAGGUGGGAAAAAAGCCUGAGUGGACUCUGGGGGUUUGUAGGGAAUCUGUGAGGAGGAAGGGGAGUAUCAGUGUCACAUCUAAGAAUGGAUACUUUGUGGUGUGUUUGAGAGAUGGAGAAAAAUACUGGGCCCGCACUUCCCCCCUAACGCCUCUCCCCGUGAGUGUCAGGCCCAGCCGGGUGGGGAUUUUCCUGGACUAUGAGGGGGGCGAGAUCUCAUUUUACAAUGUAACUGACAAGUCCCAUCUCUUCACUUUCACUGACACCUUCUCUGGGAUGCUCCACCCUUAUUUCAGUCCUUGUCUCAAUGAAGGGGGUAAAAAUGCAGAUCCCCUGAUAAUCUGCCCGGUCCCAGAGAAGGCCUGAAGGAAUCUCUGUCCCUCACAGUGACACCCACAGCAGAGACUGUCCCCUCCCACCACUGACCAGCCCCCAGGCCUGUUCCCAUGGGGAUGGUGUAAAAAGCAUCAGCUGCCUGCCCCCCAUCACCCCCUCUCCUCUCAGCUCUCAGCACCAGGUCUGUGAACUGCAGGAAGAGGAGAGAGGCAGAGAAGGGGUGAGGUGGGGUCAGGCUGCUUGGAAGUGGGGAUGCAGGGGCAGAGGGAGGUGGUUUAGUCUUGUGGUUUAGACCUUCCCUGUCAAAGUUUAAGCAGACCUGAGGUAAAAAAGGAUCAAGCCCUGGGACAUUUUCUUUAUAGUCUUCUAGCAAAUUGAUAAACUUCUUGACAGCAAUUAUCACAGCAGCAUCUUCUCCCAAGGAAGAAUAGGCAGUGCAGAUUGUUGCUUUGAAGCUAAUUUUCUAUUUUAUGGGGGGAGGGAUAGCUCAGUGGUUUGAGCAUUGGCCUGCUUAAA